AUGGGCCGCCCGUGGGCGGACCCGGCGGGUCCCUGGACUAGCAGAGCUCCGAUUGGCCGCAGAGCUCGGGGAGCAGCAGCCCCUGGGACCAUUGACCAAUGGGAGCCAGGGGCGGGACCGCGGCGCAAGCGCCGGAAGCGGGGAGGCGACGAAGGCACGUCGCGUCGCCGCGCCGGGCUGCGCAAGAAGGGCCCCACGGCCGCACAGGCCAAGUCUAAGCAGGCCAUCUUAGCAGCUCAGAGACGAGGAGAAGAUGUGGAGACAUCCAAGAAAUGGGCUGCUGGCCAGAACAAGCAGCAUUCCAUCACUAAGAACACGGCCAAGCUAGACCGGGAGACAGAGGAGCUGCAUCACGACAGGGUGACCCUGGAGGUGGGCAAAGUGAUUCAGCGGGGCCGGCAGAGCAAGGGCCUGACGCAGAAGGACCUGGCCACGAAAAUCAAUGAAAAGCCGCAAGUCAUCGCAGACUAUGAAAGUGGACGGGCCAUUCCGAAUAACCAGGUUUUGGGCAAAAUUGAGAGAGCCAUCGGCCUCAAGCUCCGGGGGAAGGACAUCGGGAAGCCUAUCGAGAAGGGGCCGAAGGCGAAAUGAACACAAAGCCUCGAAGCCAGUGGUUCCGGCUGAGCUCUUCUGGCUGGUCCCCCAGGACCACCAGCACUGCCGUGGGUCUCCUCACAUGGUCAAACGGAACACGGGGGUCAGGCCUGUGUGCCCCCUCAACCCAUACCUGCUGUCAAACAAAGCAAAACCUUGCAAAGUGA